AUGAAGAUUAGCAUUUUAGAAAUAUGUGGUUGUGUAUACUAAAAAUAAAAGAAAAGCUCCAUCAGAAAGAGUUAAAUUGAUAUUGUAAAUAAGUCCCAUUCUAAAAUGAGAAGAUAUAAUAGAUUCAACUUGAUCAGGAAUAAAAUAAAUUUAUAAAAACCUAAGGUUAAUAUUAAUUUAGGAGAGGUAAUGGUCUGAAUGUGAAUAAUACUAUUCAAAAUGCUACAAUAAACCUUACUAUAUAUGAUAUUAUGUUUAAGAAUAUUGAAAAAAAGAAAAUUUAAAGAUGCUAUCAAUCAAUAAUGUAGUAUUCUUGACAUAAGUCAAAUAGAUUGAAGGCAGCAUUUUGAACAAGUCUACUCAAUUAAUUAAUACAUUACCCUCUUGAAGUCAUACGUGUUUAAUUUUUCUGUAGAUAUGAGUCACUUCAUAAGGCUUGGUGUGUCAUUUUGAUUGUCUAAGAAAACUCUCAGAAAAUAAGGUUAUUCAGCCGUGUAUUAGGGAUUCGUUCUAUCCUCUUGUUGCACUACAUCAUACUUAAGAAUUGAUUUUCUUGUUCAUAAUCAAUUAAAAGAUCUCGUACCAAUAAAAUCUGAUUAGAUCUUGAUGAAAUUGGCAUAAUAAUUGAAAUUGCGUCGAUUUCAAUAAUUACUUCAACUGAAUUUAAAUAUUCAAUUGAUACAAUACAUGGGAAGAAUAUAAAUUAAUGUCUUUUUGGGAGCAUAAAGAGCAUAUGUUAAAUUUUAUGAUCAUAUGAAAAAGAUGAGGAAAGAAGGAUUAUUAUAAUAUUAGAGAGGAUUUUGGAUAAGACUCAUUACAAUGGUUUCAGCUGUUUAAUUUAAUUUAAUGAUUUAAGAAGUUAUCAACUUGA